GCGAUAGUUAUGGACACAUUCAGCGAUGUGGAGAUUUUCUGUGACAUACUGGAGGUGACAAAGCGCAAUGUGUCUGUCCAUCUCCUUCUGGACCACGCCAAUUUACAGCUGUUCCAGGACAUGUGUGAAAAUGUAAAAAUCAACAAGUCUCAUCUUACUAGAAUGUCCAUUCGUAGCGUUCAAGGUCAAAUAUACUGUGCCAAGUCGGGCAGAAAAUUCACUCGACAGAUGAAAGAGAAAUUCAUCAUUGUGGACUGCAAAAAAGUGCUGGUUGGCUCAUACAG